AACCACGCCGAUGAUCCCACGGACACCGAGAAGGCCGCCAACGGAGGAGACCCUCCGUACGAAAGAUGCCCCAUCGAGGAGGUGGCUCUUGUGGUGCCGGAGACCGACGACCCUUCUCUUCCGGUGAUGACUUUCAGAGCCUGGUUUCUUGGGAUAACCUCAUGCGUGCUCCUCAUCUUCCUCAACACCUUCUUCACCUUUAGGACUCAGCCUCUCACCAUUUCCGCCAUCCUCAUGCAAAUCCUUGUUCUUCCCAUAGGAAGGUUCAUGGCUGCCACUCUCCCCACAGACCAGUACAACUUUCUUGGCUGGCGCUUCUCGUUGAAUCCUGGCCCUUUCAACAUGAAGGAACACGUCAUCAUCACCAUCUUCGCCAACUGUGGUGUUUCCACUGGUGGCGGAGAUGCUUACUCCAUUGGUGCCAUCACUGUUAUGAAGGCUUAUUACAAACAAUCAUUGACCUUCCUCUGUGCUCUCCUCAUUGUCUUAACUACCCAGGUAUUGGGGUAUGGAUGGGCUGGGAUUUUGAGGAGGUAUCUGGUUGAUCCUGUUGAUAUGUGGUGGCCAGCAAACCUUGCUCAAGUCUCUCUCUUUAGGGCACUCCAUGAAAAGGACCACAAAACAAAAGGACUCUCAAGGAUGCAGUUUUUCCUCAUUGCCAUGGGAGUGAGCUUCUUGUAUUAUAUUCUCCCUGGAUAUCUGCUUAUGGUAUUGACAUUCUUCUCAUGGGUGUGCUGGGCAUGGCCACAUAGCAUCACAGCGCAGCAAGUUGGAUCGGCCUAUCAUGGACUCGGCAUUGGUGCCUUCAGUUUUGAUUGGGCUGGCAUUUCAGCUUACCAUGGCAGCCCUCUUGUUACUCCAUGGUCUUCCAUUGUUAAUGUUGGAAUUGGAUUCAUCAUGUUCAUCUACAUAAUCGUGCCCAUAUGUUACUGGAAGUUUAAUACUUUUGAUGCGCAGAAGUUCCCUAUAUUUUCUAAUCAGUUGUUCACGGCCACCGGACAGAAGUAUGACACCACCAAGAUCUUAACCAAAAACUAUGAUCUUGACAUAAAUGCAUACAACAAAUAUGGGAAGUUAUACCUUAGCCCUCUGUUUGCACUAUCAAUUGGAUCAGGUUUUGCAAGAUUUACAGCAACCCUCACUCAUGUUGCGCUGUUUUAUGGCAGUGACAUUUUGAGGCAGAGCAAAUCAGCAAUGAAUAAUGUGAAAUUGGAUGUCCAUGGUAGACUCAUGAAAGCUUAUAAGCAAGUACCCGAAUGGUGGUUCCUGAUUUUGUUAUUUGGGAGCAUAGCACUAUCCCUGCUGAUGUCUUUUGUGUGGAAAACGGAUGUGCAACUUCCAUGGUGGGGAAUGAUCUUUGCUUUUGCUCUAGCUAUUAUUGUGACCCUCCCCAUUGGUGUCAUCCAGGCAACAACCAACCAGCAACCUGGAUAUGACAUUAUAGCACAAUUCAUGAUUGGUUAUGUCCUUCCCGGAAAACCAAUUGCAAACUUGCUCUUCAAAAUUUAUGGAAGAAUCAGCACUGUCCAUGCUCUGUCUUUCUUGUCAGAUCUCAAACUCGGACAGUACAUGAAAAUUCCUCCAAGAUGCAUGUAUACUGCUCAGCUGGUGGGAACUAUAAUUUCUGCUAUAGUAAACCUUGGAGUGGCUUGGUGGAUGUUGGAUAACAUCAAGGAACUAUGCAUGGAUGACAAGGCCCACCAUGACAGUCCUUGGACUUGCCCCAAAUACAGAGUAACCUUUGAUGCGUCGGUUAUAUGGGGUCUGAUCGGACCAAGGCGCCUGUUCGGUCCCGGCGGGCUGUACCGAAACCUGGUGUGGCUAUUCCUGAUUGGAGCCGUGUUGCCGGUUCCUGUUUGGGUGUUGAGCAAAAUCUUCCCUGACAAGAAGUGGAUUCCCCUGAUAAACAUCCCUGUUAUAUCUUAUGGCUUUGCCGGGAUGCCACCUGCAACUCCCACCAACAUUUCAAGCUGGCUAAUCACAGGAAUGAUCUUCAAUUUCUUCGUGUUCCGCUACCACAAACGAUGGUGGCAGAAGUACAACUAUGUUCUAUCUGCAGCACUGGAUGCAGGCACUGCUUUCAUGGGCGUUCUUAUCUUCUUUGCUCUGCAGAAUGCAGGCCAUAACCUGAAAUGGUGGGGAUCUGAGCUUGACCAUUGUCCAUUGGCUACUUGCCCAACUGCACCAGGAAUUGUAGUUGACGGUUGUCCAGUAUUCUAAUAGAUAGGCACAAACAACAAAGGGUUAAGCCUUUCCUUUUUAUUGCUUCUGUUUGGGGUUGGGGUUGGGAAGAACCUAGCUAGUUAGGCUUUUAAUGACAGGGUGAAAGGAAUAACCAAUUGCUUAGCAAAUUAUGUACAUGUACAUGCAUGCAUGCAUGCUUAUUAUCGUGUGAGGUUUUUCUAUAUAGUACCUCUCUCAUGUCCCUUGUAACUUGUAAAAGAUAUAAGAUACUGUAUGGGUUUUCACCAUAUUAAAUGGAUGGCUGCACAGUUGUAUCUUA